GAUACUUUUGGUCUAGAUCUCCGGGCUCAGCUACAGAGUCUGGCCAGCAUGCAGAGUCAGCUAAAAGAGCUACAGAGUCAGCAUGCCCACUGUACCCAGGACCUGACCACGAAGGAUGAGUUGCUCUGCCAGCUUACCCAGAGCAGCGAGGAGCAGGCUACUCAAUGGCAAAAGGAAGAGAUGGCACUAAAACACAUGCAGGCAAAGCUGGAGCAACAACACGUGGUCCUGACCAAGGAGGUUCAGGACCUGAAGGAGACCCUGGAGUUUGCAGACCAAGAGAAUCAGGUUGCUCACCUGGAGCUGGGCCAGGUUGAGUGUCAGUUGAAAACCACACUGGAAGUGCUCCGGGAACGCAGCCUGCAGUGUGAGGACCUCAAGGACACAGUAGAGAAUCUCAGGAUUAAGCUGGCUAGCACCGUAGCAGAAAACCAGGAGAAAGACCUGGAGAAGACACGCCAGUAUUCCCAAGAGCUAAGGGGGCUGACUGAGCACCUACAGAGCCUGACCCUCUUCCUACAGACAAACUUAAAGGAGAAGGCUGAACCAGAGACCCUCCUACAAAGCACAGCCUGUGCUCCUGCCCAGGAAGACCCUCCACCCACCAACAGCACCUUCUUGGGAAGCAUCCCGACAGUAAUGGCAGACAAAGAGCCAGAAUCAGCUCCUGUGUCCUUGCUUGGAAGUGACAAGAGUGCUUUCACCCGAGUAGCUUCAGUGGCUUCCCUUCAGCCUACAGAGACCCCAAGCAUAGAGAAGAGCCUGGCAGAAAUGAAUGCUAUGACUGUGGAGCUUCAGAGCCUGUGUUCCCUGCUGCAAGAGUCCAAGGAAGAAGCCGUCAGGACUUCGCAGCGAAAGAUUUGUGAUUUGCAGGCUAGACUGCAGGCCCAGGAAGAACAGCAUCAGGAAGCCCAAAAGGCAAAGGAAGCGGACAUAGAGAAGCUGAACCAGGCCUUGUGCUUGCGCUACAAGAAUGAAAAGGAGCUCCAGGAAGUGAUACAGCAGCAGAAUGAGAAGAUUCUAGAGCAGAUAGACAAGAGUGGCGAACUCAUAAGCCUCAGAGAAGAGGUGACCCAGCUUACCCGCUUGCUUCGGCGUGCAGAGACAGAGACUAAGGUGCUCCAAGAGACCCUGGCAAGUCAGCUGGACCCCAACUGUCAGCCCAUGGCCACUAACUGGAUCCAGGAGAAAGUGUGGCUCUCCCAGGAGGUGGACAAACUGAGGGUGAUGUUCCUGGAGAUGAAAAAUGAGAAGGCAAAACUCACGGUCAAGUUCCAGAGCCAUAGAAACAUCUUGGAGGAGAAUCUUCGGCGUUCUGACAAAGAGUUAAAGAAACUAGAUGACAUCGUUCAGCAUAUUUAUGAGACUCUGCUGUCCAUCCCAGAGGUCGUGAGGGGUUGCAAGGAGCUACAGAGAUUGCUGGAAUAUCUGAGCUAGGAAACUAAAAGCUGGAAUCUGUUUCAACCCUUUUUACCUGCAAUACUCCCUUACCUCAACACCAGGACCAAUUGGCAUAGGGCCAAGUAGGAUUAAUGCUAUUUAAAUAAAGUAUAUUUAAUGUAUUUC